AUGUACUCGCCAACAGUCUCUCUCUCAUCCUCUCCCAGUAUCAUCCCCAGUCCGCUCGACGUCCCUAGACGCCCUCCUCCUGUGAGGCCAUCCAGAUCCUUGGACGGUCUUGAACAAGUUGUGCCACCAACAGGUCUCGCGUAUUAUCCAUACCAUUCACAUUCGCGUCCUCUCCCCCCCUCCCCUCUGUCUCGGUCGUAUUCUUCGUGCCCUUCUCCUCCACCCCGCUCCGACCUGAGAUUAAACAAACCGCUUCCUCCUCGGCCACCUUCACUUGCGCCGGAAACCGCAUUAGCGUCCAGCGCCCCGGAUAAGGAUCAAACUCAAACUCAAACUCACGUCCAUUCACAGCUGUAUAGUCCUUCGACGACGGCGACGUCUACUUCUAUCACUUUGAGUGAGGAUAGCCUGGUUAGCAGCUUUGAUUACCCUCUCGGGCCACGCCACGAAGGGGAUAAGAGUCAGGAUCAGACUCAACGCUCCCAUUCUGCGGUUGCUGUGGAGGCUGUACCGAUAGGGUUGAAGCCGGAGGUUAUCGAAGUUCAACUGCGACAAGCGCAGCAGCAGCGGCGGCGGCGGCAGCAGCACGAAAGCCAGACGCGAAGAAGCGUUUCGUUUUCAGAAGCUAUAUUUUAUCCUCAAGUUCUAGAGGACAGCGACGAGGAAACGGCGAUAGAAGACGACUCGGUACAGACAGCAGCACCCGCAGGAACAAAAGAAGACGACAACGAGGCAGACGAAGAGGCAGACGAAGAGGAAGAACGAAAGCUCGCUCUAGCCCUGAAAGCCUUCGUCUCGGAAGAGCUCUACGGCCGACACGUGCAUUUCUUGCCACCUACAUGGUCUAGCUCGAGUCGGAUAGCGACGAGCCAUUACUUUCGAGAAAAGAAGUGGAGUUUCUUUCCCGAGCUGGCUAUGCCGUCUCAGUUGCAGAUGGAGAAGAUGCCCGGGAAAUGGGGUCCAUUCAUGGCAACCACCGCGAAGAACAAUGGGAGGAAAAUGACUGAUAAGUAUCACGGGAAGAUCAAGGGGACGGUGCAUGGAUUUCGGGAUUCGAUUAAAUACUUCCAUCUCAAUCGAAAGCUGAUGAAGGAGGCUGCUUGUUCGGGGCUUGCUCCUCCGUUGGAUGAAGAUAAUGGCAAUAGGAAUGAGAAAGGGAAAUUGGCAGAGAAACCACCUUCAGGACAUUCCAGGGUCAUGACGGCUUCGAGUUCGACUUCUUAUUCAUCUCCUCGUCUGCACGGCAGCUUUACAUCCUCGUCCGCCUCGUCCUCCCGCGAUGAGCCCCGGAAUUACGGGUCCUGGGAAAGCUCCGGACUCCCCUAUCGACACCGGGGUCGACGCAGCGAUACCUGCGACGGAGAGCUCGAGACAGGAUCGACGUCGAAAUACAAGACCAGGACGGAGUCCAGGGACAAAGUCAAGCGCCGUAGCGACGACGCCGAUAAUGAAGCAUACGGACAACAGCACCUUACAACCCGAACAUACGGGAGAACCAGCUCGACAAACCUCCCGAAACAGCGAGCAGUUCCUCUCUCCCCCUACCAGAAGUACGGUCCUGCAAUCUGGGAAUCCCACAAGUCGCCGAGAAAGCGCCAUGUCAGAUUUGCGCGGACUCACCGGAGUUCAUCAUCCGCGUCGUCUUCCAUGCACUCGUCUACUGGGGAAUCGCAGUCUACAGCGGCGUCCAGUGUGGAUGAUAGUAGCGAUUCAUACUACCGUAUCACGCCGCCCCCAAAAUCGCCGUAUCGCACACGGUCUAACAUAAGCAUGAAGACAACCGUCGAUGGGCGUAGGAAUAGGGGCCCAAGUCAAGUGCUGGGAGAUGCGAAGAAGAUGAUCACCGAGUCGAAAGCAGAUCGUAGACGGGAGGAGUUGAAGGCGCAGAUCAAGCUCGUGGGGCCAUUGAAUGCGCAUACGUUUUACAGGAGGGAAGAGUGGUAUUGA